CCUGCGCCCCGCACCGCGGCCUCACCGCGGCCUCCCCGCGGCCUCACCGCGGCCUCCCGCCCGCCCCGCCGCGCUCACACCCGCCAUGAGCUGCCGGCAGCCGCUGCCGAGCGAGCGGGGAGCGAGACAGAGGAAGAGGAGAAGGAAUGGCACUGAAGAUGAUGGUCACAUUCCCCAGACCAAACGUAGCACCAGGAAUUCUGUCCUCCAGGACUCGUGGGACACUGAGAAGGUGGCUGCAACGAAGCUCACUAAGGAGCGCAGACUAAAAGGAAACAAAGUGUCCUGUGCGUCCUCCAGCAGUGACAGCGGGAGCAGCAGCAGCAGCAGCUGUAGCAGCAGCAGCAUCAACAGCCCUGACAGAGCGGAGUCCAGCCUCAACCCCAGGAUUGCAGGAUCCAGCCCUGUCUCCUCCCAGCCCUUCCAUGAGCAGUCUGCACUAAGCCAAGGUCCUUACUUCCACAUCAACCAGAUCCUGAAGGAAGCCCACUUCCACAGCCUACAGAGCCGGGGACGCCUCCCUACAUGAUGACCCAGCAGCUCCCUGCCUUCUGUGAAGGGACAGCACUGUGUAGAUUUGAUAUUUCAACUUCAAAGUUUGUUAAAAUGGAAUUGCACAAAAUUGCCUGUUGCCUUUUCAGUCUAUAUUUGAAAUAACAGGUUAACAGGAGAUUGUUUACUUGUGGUUUGCUGCACUAUUGCAAUGCAAAAGGGGCUUUGAAGCAAUUUUUAUAGGAUUCUUUUUGGGGUGGUUCUAAAGUACGUGGCAAGAGGAGAAUGAGGAGUCCACAUGUGUGUUAUAGGAUUGCAAACUGUCCAAUUCCAAUCGACUGCCUAAUCUGUUUGUUAGCAAGUUGUUGCUUUCUGUAAAGUUCUCUUAAGCGUUCCUCUUCAGUUUUAUAAGUCUUUUUUUAAUUUCAAUAAACUAGUUAAAAAAUGA